AUGGCCCGAGAUGCUACUCAUCUGGAAUCACUAGAAACCGAAGCUGAGCCCCUGCUCACCCCGCCCAACGUCGAAGAGGGCUUCGUGGAGAACAGGGAGGAACUCGAGCGUUCGUUGAUACGGAAGCUGGACCGUCGAAUGUCCAUUCUCGUUCUCAUUUACAUCCUCAACUAUAUCGACCGGAAUAAUGCCUCUGCUGCGCGCCUGCGAGGAUUUGAGGAGGAUUUACACCUGGAGGGCAAUCAGUUUGCAACGGUGCUGUCGGUGCUGUACAUUGGGUACAUCAUGAUGCAAAUACCUUCGAAUAUGUUCUUGAACUACUUUGGAAAGCCUUCCGUGUAUCUUCCCGCGUGUAUGGUCAUCUGGGGCGGACUUUCUGUUUGCACAGGCUUUACGACAACAUAUUUUGGUGCCCUGUGGAUACGCUUCUUUUUGGGGUUUGUGGAGGCUGCCUUCUUCCCUGGUGCGCUUUUCCUAAUCUCGAAAUGGUAUACUCGCCACGAGCUCUCUCAACGGACGGCGCUUCUGACCUCUGGCAAUCUCUUGAGCAAUGCGUUUGGCUCCCUGAUUGCGUCUGGGAUAUUGGAUGGCAUGGAUGGCGUGCUCGGUUUUACAGGCUGGAGGUGGCUUUUUUUCGUCGAAGGAACAGUCACGAUUCUUGUCGCUAUCUGGUCUAUGACCAUCCUCCCGGAUUUCCCAGAAACGUCGUCCGGUUGGCUUACUCCAGCCGAGAAAUCUUUAGCUAUCCGGCGUAUGGCUGAAGACGUUGGUCACCGCGAAGACAUCCCAGAGCAGAGCAUGAAGGGCUCUCUAGGCCGAUGGCCUGGCCUUUAUCUUGCUGUAACAGAUUUGAAAGUGUGGUGGUUAGCUAUAGCUCUCCUAUUCAUGUGCGUAUCACUAUCGUUCCACGCGUACUUUCCGACACUUUCGGCCACGAUGGGAUAUGGAACGACUGUUUCACUUCUUCUAUGUGCACCUCCUUGGUUAUUUGCGACCGCUGCUGCUCUCGCCCUCUCAAGGGAUUCGGACAUGGUGGGAGAACGAAGCAAACACAUUACCUUUUCUCUAUCCAUUGGAAUCGUUGGGUUUGUGAUGGCGAUGUCGACCAUGAACACUGGCGUUAGAUAUGUCUCGUUGUUCCUUAUGGCGCAAACCUACGCGGGCUUCAUUUGCUUCUUGGCCUGGGCCAGUGGCUCUGUAUCUGACACUCCCGCGAAGCGUGCCGUGGCUCUAGCCCUCAUUAACUGUGUUUCUCAGCUUGGGAACGUCAUAGGCUCUUACGUUUGGCCAAAAUCCUGGGGUCCCACGUACAACAUGUCAUACACUAUCUGCGUCCUCAUGAGCUCACUCAGCAUCACGCUCACGAUGGCAUUCCGGGUCUACCUCUCCUGGCUAAACCAUAAUGCCGACAAAUUAGAGGGAGAAGAAGGACGUAUAAGGUACCGCUACAUGCUAUGA